GCAGCUUUUAGUGAGGGGAGCAACAGGCUGGCUGGUGGCAAGGGGGCAAAGGCUGUGGACGGAAAGAGGCUGAGGAGAUUAAAAAAUACCAGCGACAAAUCAACAAGUGAAGGACGGCAGCUGAGGAGAGACGGGAAGUGACUUGUCAGAGAGAGGGAGUCAUAGGAGGAGCAGAGGAGAGAGAGAGAGAGGCUGAGAUUGAAUCUCUGCCGCUGCAGGUGGAGAUCGGUCACCUUUGAACCGCUGGGGGAGAAUUAAGACUCUGACAGAGAAGAGGACAGCCAUGGUUUCAGUCAGACCAGAGAUUCAGCCGUAAAAGACAAGAGGCGGUCGCCGCCCUCGAACAGAUCCCCCACCGGUCCACAACGCAACCCUCACCACAGCGGCUCCGCAGACGAACAGGAGAGCCCCGAGCGAGUGGUGCAGAAGGAGAAGCUUCAUGCAGAGCUGAAACAGGUGUUGAGUCAGAAGAGAAGUCACCUGAGAGAGUCGACCUGCCAACUGGCCCAACCAGAGAUGGACCCGGACCCCACAGACAAACAGACAUGUGUGGAAGAAACCUCAAAGUCCAUGGAAAUUGUGGUGGAGACGGAGGCAGAGGCUGGAGCCAGCGGCUACAGUGUGACUGGUGGAGGACAGCAAGGGAUCUUUGUUAAAGACGUCCUCAAAGACUCCCCAGCUGCCAAACAUCUCAGUCUACAGCAAGGUGACCAGUUGCUUAGUGCCAAGGUCUACUUCGACAAUGUCAAGUAUGAAGAUGCUCUGAAGAUUCUUCAGUGUGCAGAGCCGUAUAAGGUCAGCUUCCAACUGAAAAGGACCAUCCCGGGAGCAGAGGUCAGCGUGCGGCCUCGAGUUCCCAGUGUGGAGGUCAAAGGUCCCAAAGCCAAGAUGGCCAAAAUGAGUGUAAAGGGCACCAAGCCAUUCAAGACCAAGAAGAAAAGAGGUGGUCGUUUUGGUCUGAAGAGGCUGAAAGAGAAGCGCAGGGAGGAACUGGUGAUCGAGGGAACACCCCCCAGGCUCGAGAUGAGUGAUGUGGACGUGGAGUUCUCUCUCCCAAAAUUCAAACAGAGGAAGAGUGCGAAGGACGAAGCAGAAGGAGCUGGAGGAGCAGCAGCCGUAGGGAAGGCAAAGAGGAGGAUCAGAUUUCCUCAUAUGAAAGCAAAGGGAGGAAAUGUGGAAACAGGACGAUUUGAGGGACAGGUGAAUAUUUCUCCAUCUGAAAUACCUGGAGCUAAAGGGAAAACCAAGGAAAAAGGACACAAGUUUGGAAUCACCUUUCCUAAGACCAAACACACAAAGUCAGGCUUAGCUUUGGAUACUGGAUCUGUGGAGCUGAAGUCAACAGGUAUGAACAUCCAGCCACCAACCGGGGAGUUCAGGUUGUCUGGUAAUAAAGACAUGGAUGGGGAGAAGGGAGGGCUUAAGCUGAACGCGCCUGAUGUUGAGUUCGCACUCUCUUCAGCUGAGGCAUCUUUGCCUACAGUAAAGGGAAAGGCAGAAAUGAAAGCUCCUAAAGUAGACAUCAAGGGAGGAGUUGAUGGAGGCGUAGGCAAAGGAGAUGCAAAGCUCAGAAUGCCAAAGUUGAAAAUACCCAAAGUUAGACUUUCACGUCAUUCAGAUGAAAUUGAUGGUGACAUCAAGGUAAAACCUGAAGGAGUGAAAAUACCCAGUGUUGACAUAACACCUCCAAAAGUAGAAAUCAAAGGACAUGGGGAGAUUGGUCUCCCUCAAGCAAAGAUGGAGGAUGAUCUCUCAGGAAAAGCUGCAUCUAUUCAAGUACCUUCUGUCGAUAUUUCUUUGCCAACAGUGAAGGGAAAGUCUGACAUGGACAUCUCAUAUCCAGAGUAUGAAGGAGCUGGGAAGACCACAAUCAAAAUGCCUAUCAUUGACAUCUCAAUGGCGGAUGUUGAUUUGGAAUUGGACACAAGACAAAGAAUACCUGAUGAAGUGGAGGGCACUUUUAAAGGGCCAAAGAUCUCGAUGCCACAGGUCGAUAUCUCAUUACCAAAGAUGAGAUCACCUGAUGAAGAUAUUGAAUGUCCAAAGGGUGAAGGGAAAAUCAGUCUACCUUCUGUUGACAUAUCUCUCCCAAAGGUGACAACAGAGGGAGAUGUGGAUAUGGACUAUUAUGUUGGUGGUGAUGGGAAGUUCAAAAUGCCUAAUUUUGACAUAUCUUUUCCAAAACUUAAGGCACCUGAAGGAGAGGCAAAUAUAAAAGGACAAGCAGUGGAAGAAGACAUGAAGUUGCCCAAAGUAGACUUGACCUUUCCCAAAGGCAAAUCCGGAACAACUGAUAUUGAAGGAGAAGGAAAAUUUAAGUUACCAUCAUUUGACAUUUCUCUCCCCAAAAUGAAGACUGCGGAGGUGGAUAUCAACAUUGUAGGCCCUGAAGUGAAAGGGCAUAAAUCUGAUGUGUCUCUGCCCAAGGGCAAAAAUGCAGGAGACUGUGAAGUAGAAGGAUAUUUUGAAAAAGGAGGAAAUUUCAAAAUGCCAGCCUUUGAUGUUUCUCUACCCGGUAUUAAACAACCACAGAGUCAGAUUAACACAGACGGGCCGGAAUAUGAGGGUGGAGGGGACAUCCACAUGCCCUAUGUUGACAUAUCUCUGCCAAAAGGAAAACUGCAGGGUGACAUUGAAGUAGAGGGUCCAUCAACAAGAGGAGGGAAGUUCAAAAUGCCCUCACUUGAUGUCAUUCUCCCUAAGAUGGGGACAUCGUGGACUGAGGUUGACUUGCAAGGACCUGAGAUUAAAGGAGGGAAAAUUGAGGUGCCAUCAGUAGAUAUUUCUUUACCAAAAGUUAAAUCUAAAGGUGAGGUUGACAUAGAGGGAAAAGGUGGCAAGUUUAAAAUGCCUUCAUUCAAUGUAGGUCUUCCAAAAAUGAAGUUUCCUGAGGGAGAGGUUGUAUUGGAGGGAUCUAAAAUUAAAGGUGGAGAGGUCAAGAUGCCUACUCGUGAUAUCUCUGCUCUUCAAGGAAACUUAGAGGGAGAUGUGAACAUUGAUGGUGGUGAAGUAAAAGGAGGGAAACUUAGCAUGCCCUCUGUGGACAUGUCUCUCUCAAAAAGUAAGCUACCUGAAGGAAACAUUAAGCUAGAAUGCCCUGAACUUCCAAAAAUUGAUAUUUCACUUCCCAAAGCCAAGAUCUCUGUCCAGAAGAUGAAAACCAAGGAGGGAGAGGUUGACAUUAAAGGGACUGAAGUCAAAGGAGGAGCAAAGUUCAACAUGCCAUCACUGGACAUUUCUCUUCCUGCAAUGAAAUCACCAGAGGGGGAGGUAAAAGGUGGUCCUGAAUUAAAAAAAGAACAUUUCCAGAUGCCAUCAUUUGAUGCAUCCCUACCAAAGAUGGAGAUGCCUGGGGGAAAUAUUGGCCUUGAGGGCCCCUCAGUUGAUAUUUCUAUUCCAAAAGGAAAAGUACAGGGUGACACUGAAACUAACAGUGAAGAAGGAAAAUUCCAUAUGCCCUCAAUUGAUAUUUUUCUUCCUAAAAUAAAAUCAAAGCGAGUUGACAUCAACAUAGAGGGACAAGAACUCAAAGGUGGGGAAAUUAAAAUGCCAUCUAUUGACAUUUCACCCCCCCAAGGAACAUUAAAAGAUGACAUCACUGUUAAAGAUGAAGGAAAGGGAGGCAAAGUCAGCCUACCAUCUGUUGAUGUCACUCUCACAGAUUUGAAUUUUCAAGGUCCUAAAGUCAAAGGUGGGAAAUUUGAAAUGCCAAAAUUCAACAUAGAGCUUCCUAAAGGUAAAGCACAGGGAGAUAUUGAUAUUGAUAUUCACUCUGGAAAAGAUGGGAAUAUUGAAAUACCAUCCUAUGAAAUUGGAGUUCCUGAAGGAAAGGUCAUGGGUCACAUAAAUGUGGAAGGUCCUGAAGCGAAUGGUGGCAAGCUUAAAAUGCCAAAAUUUGAUAUUUCAUUACCAAAGGUAAAUUUUCCCGAGGGUGAUGUAAAAUCAAAAGGCCCCAAUAUCAAAGGCAGAAAGAUUGAGAUGCCAGACAUUGAUAUUUCACUACCCAAAGGAAAGGGGGAAGGAGAAAUUGAAAUUGGAGGACAUGCUGGAAAAGGAGGCAAGUUCCAUAUGCCCUCUAUUGAUAUAUCACUUCCUAAAAUGAAAGGUAAGGGACCAAAGGUCAAGAUAGAAGGUCCUGAACUUAAAGGAGGAAAAAUCAACAUGCCAGACAUUGACCUUUCACUCCCCAAAGGAAAGGUUGAUGCUGACCUCAGCAUUGAGGUGCCUGAGGUAAAAGGAGGCAAACAGAAAAUGCCCAAAUUUGAUGUUUCAUUUCCAAAGAUGAACCUGCCAGAAGGCAGUGUCAAACUGGAAGCACCUGAUGUUAAAGGAAAGUUGGAAAUGCCAACCAUUGAUGCUUCUCUUCCUAAAGGAAAAUUAAAGGGAGAAGUUGACAUUGACGGACAUGGUGGCAAAGGGGGCGAGUUUCACAUGCCCUCAAUUGAUGUCUCUCUUCCUAAAAUAAAAACAAGGGGAGGUGAUGUUGAUAUUGAAGGACCUGAACUUAAAGGUGACAUUUCAUUUCCAGAAGGAAAAGUUGAGGGUGACCUAAAUGUACAAGGACCCGAUGUAAAAGGGACGAAUAUCAAAAUGCCAAAAUUCGAUGUGUCAUUGCCAAAAGUAAGUCUCCCAGAAGUUGAUGUCAAAAUAAAAACCCCAGACAUCAGGGAAAAAAAGAUUGAGAUGCCAGACAUAGAUAUUUCACUUCCAAAAGGAAAAGCAGGAGGUGAAAUUGAAAUUGAAGGACAUGCUGCAAAAGGCGGCAAGUUUCAUAUGCCAUCUCUUGAUAUCUCUCUUCCCAAAAUGAAAGCUAAGGGACCGGAGAUGAACGUUGAAGGCCCUGAAGUUAAAGGUGGGAAGCUAAACAUGCCAUCACUUGAUGUUUCUCUGCCCAAAAUAAAAUCUCCUGAUGUAGAUGUUAGCCUUGGAGGUCCUGAUGUUAAAGGAGGGAAGGUCAACAUCCCAACCAUUGACAUUUCAUUUCCCAAAGGUAACGCUGAGGGUGACAUAAAUGUUCAUGGCCCUGAGAUGAAAGGGGGCAAAUUCAAAAUGCCAAAAUGUGAUGUUUCUUUACCAAAAGUGAGUCUUCCAAAGGUUGAUGCUAAUGUGGAAGGACCAGACAUGAAAGGAAAAUUUGAAAUGCCAACUGUUGAUAUUUCACUUUCAAAAGGAAAGCCAGAUAUAGAUAUUGACACUGAUGGGCACAGUGGUAAAGGCGGCAAAUUUCAUAUGCCCUCAAUUGAUAUAUCUCUUCCUAAAAUCAAAGCAACAGGAGUUGAUGUUGAUAUUCAAGGACCUGAAGUCAAAGGUGACAUUUCACUCCCUAAAAUGAAGCCAGAGGUAGAUAUCAGCCUUGAGGGUCCCGAUGUUAAAGGGGGAAAGUUUAACAUGCCAACUGUUGACAUUACACUCCCUAAAGGAAAAGUUGAGGGUGACCUUGAUUUUGAGGGCCCUGAGAUAAAAGGUGGCAAGUUCAAAAUGCCAAAACUUGACAUGUCUUUACCAAACAUGAGCCUCCCCGCUGGUGAUGUCAAAAUAAAAGGCCCAGACAUCAAGGGAGGGAAGAUUGAGAUGCCAGACAUUAAUAUAUCACUCCCCAAAGGAAAAUCAGAAGGUGAAAUUGAAAUUGGAGGACAUGAUGGAAAAGGAGGCAAGUUCCAUAUGCCCUCAAUUGAUAUAUCUCUUCCUAAGAUGAAAGCUAAGGGACCAGAGGUCAACAUAGAAGGUCCUGAACUCAAAGGAGGAAAAAUUAACAUGGCGAACAUUGACCUUUCAUUCCCUAAAGGAAAGGCAGAUGUUUCAGUUCCAAAGAUGAACCUCCCAGAGGGCAGUGCAAAACUGGAAGGACCUGAGAUGAAAGGAGGAAAGAUGCCAGCUGUUGAUGUAUCAGUUUCCGCAGGAAAGGUGGGAGGAGAUAUCAAUAUUCAAGGGCCAUCUGGAAAAGGAAAGUUUGAAGUGCCAAAAGUUGACUUACAUGGUAGAAAAGGUGAUGGGCUGCACAUGCCAUCUAUUGACAUAAAUCUCCCCAAGUUUGAUUUUGACCUCAGCCUUCCCUCUGGUUCGAAAGACAAAAGCCUUCAAAUGGACACCGGGGGUCGAGACGCAUCAGGAGAUGUGGAGUUGGCUCAUCUUAAAGGAGAUAUUAAAGUUAAGGGUGCAGACAUUGAAAUAGAUGGUGUAGAAGUUCCGAGUUCAUCCCUUAAACUUCCCUCAGUCAAACUACCCACAGUUGACAUUACAGCUCCAAAAGUGGAUUUAGACUUUGGUCUCACAAAACCUAAAGUUGACGAUGUGGAAGUGGAGCUUCUGAAAGCAGAGGGGGGCCGGCCCUCUUCAGGGGGAAGCUUUGAUCUACCGGAUGUCUCCCUCAAAGUCCCUGGUUUUUCUUUUCCCAGGUUUGGCGGAAAAUCUAAGAGUGGCGAUUUAGAGAUAUCAGGAAAAAACCCAAAAGGAGAUGUUUCUCUCACCUCACCACAUGUGGAAGGAGAUUUAAGAGCACCAUCAGUAGAGUUUGAUGGUGAUGGAAAAGUCAAGGUGAAAAGAACUAAAAUCAAAAUGCCCUCAUUUGGAAUAACUAAAAAAGAUGCAAAUGUGUCUGUGUCUUCUCCCGAUGUGGAUGUUAAAGUGAAAAAGGGAAAAGUUGACAUUCCAAAACCCGAAAUCAAUGUUGACGAUAAAUCCAAAUACAAAGUAAAAUUCCCCAAAUUCAAAAUUUCAUCACCAAAAGGUCAACUGACAGGAGGAGACGUUGAUGCUAAACUGGAAGCAGAUGUAGAAGGAAAAGUUGGCUUUCAUGCACCUGAUGUCACUAUUAAACUACCAAAAUUCUCCAUGCCAGGAUUUGGCACCAAAGAAAAAGAUUUAGGUAAACCACAGGGUGACCUUGAAGCCAAAGCGAAGGUCAAGAUGCCCUCUGUUGAGCUUUCACUACCAACAGUUGAAACUCCAGACACUGAGGUUCUACUCCCAAAAGCAGAAGUUGAUGUAACAGAGGAUGAUAUCAGAGGUUAUGAGGGAAACCUUAAAAUCCCCAAAAUUCCAACAAUUGGGGUUUCUAUUCCUAAAAUGGACCUGGGUGUAUCACUUCCAAAAGUAAAGUCCCCAAAGUUCGAAGGACAAGAAGUGAAAUUAAAAGGAGGUGAAAGAAAAUUCGGAAUGCCGCACAUCACACUGCCAGAUGUUGACAUCUCACUGCCAAAAGGAAAGAUUGAAGGUCCAGACGCUGAAAUGGAGGGAGGUACUGGAGUCAAAUUCAAAAUGCCUCAUAUGAUAAUGCCUGAUAUUGACAUCUCUCUGCCUAAAGGAAAGAUUCAAGGACCAGAUGUUGAAAUGGAAGGAGGAACUGGAGGAAAGUUCAAAAUGCCUCACAUGAAAAUGCCACAUGUUGACAUCUCUGUGCCUAAAGGAAAGAUUGAAGGUCCAGAUGUUGAAAUGGAGGGAGGAACCGGAGCGAAGUUCAAAAUGCCUCACAUGAAAAUGCCACAUGUUGACAUCUCACUUCCAAAGGGAAACAUAGAAGGUUCAGAUGUUGAAUUGGAGGGAAGUACCGGAGGAAAGUUCAAAUUGCCUCAAAUAAAAAUGCCAGAUCUCGAUAUCUCUCUGCCUAAAGGAAAGAUUGAAGGUCCAGAUGUUGAGAUGGAGGGAGGUACUGGAGGAAAGUUAAAAAUGCCUCAUAUAAAAAUGCCAGAUCUUGAUAUCUCUCUGCCUAAAGGAAAGAUUGAAGGUCCAGAUGUUGAAAUGGAGGGAGGAACCGGAGGAAAGUUCAAAAUGCCUCACAUGAAAAUGCCACAUGUUGACAUCUCUUUGCCUAAAGGAAAAGUAGAAGCCCCAAAGGUGGAGCUCAAAGGGGAGGGUGGAAAAGUCAAGAUGCCUCACCUCAAUAUGCCCUCUGUUGAUAUUUCACUUCCAAAAGGAAAGAUUGAAGGUCCAGAUGUUGAAAUGAAAGGAGGAACUGGAGGAAAGUUCAAAAUGCCUCACAUAAAAAUGCCACAUGUUGACAUCUCUCUGCCUAAAGGAAAGAUUGAAGGUCCAGAUGUUGAAUUGGAGGGGAAUACCGGCGGAAAGUUUAAAAUGCCUCACAUGAAAAUGCCAGAUAUUGACAUCUCACUGCCUAAAGGAAAGAUUGAAGGUCCAGAUGUUGAGAUGGAGGGAGGUACUGGAGGAAAGUUCAAAAUGCCUCACAUGAAAAUGCCAGAUCUAAAUAUCUCUCUGCCUAAAGGAAAGAUUGAAGGUCCAGAUGUUGAAAUGGAGGGAGGAACCGGAGGAAAGUUCAAAAUGCCUCACAUGAAAAUGCCACAUGUUGACAUCUCUUUGCCUAAAGGAAAAGUAGAAGCCCCAAAGGUGGAGCUCAAAGGGGAGGGUGGAAAAGUCAAGAUGCCUCACCUCAAUAUGCCCUCUGUUGAUGUUUCACUUCCAAAAGGAAAGAUUGAAGGUCCAGAUGUUGAAAUGGAAGGAGGAACUGGAGGAAAGUUCAAAAUGCCUCACAUAAAAAUGCCACAUGUUGACAUCUCUCUGCCUAAAGGAAAGAUUGAAGGUCCAGAUGUUGAAUUGGAGGGGAAUACCGGCGGAAAGUUUAAAAUGCCUCACAUGAAUAUGCCAGAUAUUGACAUCUCACUUCCAAAAGGAAAGAUUGAAGGUCCAGAUGUUGAAAUGGAAGGAGGAACUGAAGGAAAGUUCAAAAUGCCUCACAUGAAAAUGCCAGAUAUUGACAUCUCUCUGCCUAAAGGACAGAUUGAAGGUCCAGAUGUUGAAAUGGAGGGAGGAACCGGAAGAAAGUUCAAAAUGCCUCACAUGAAAAUGCCACAUGUUGACAUCUCUUUGCCUAAAGGAAAAUUACAAGGCCCAGAGGCAGAGCACGAAGGGGACGCUGGAAAAUUCCAGAUGCCUCACUUCAACAUGCCCACUGUUGAUAUUUCACUUCCAAAGGGAAAGAUAGAAGGUCCAGAUGUUGAAUUGGAGGGAAGUACCGGAGGAAAGUUCAAAUUGCCUCAAAUAAAUCUGCCAGUUCUCGAUAUCUCUCUGCCUAAAGGAAAGAUUGAAGGUCCAGAUGUUGAGAUGGAGGGAGGUACCGGAGGAAAGUUCAAAAUGCCUCACAUGAAAAUGACAGAUCUUGAUAUCUCUCUGCCUAAAGGAAAGAUUGAAGGUCCAGAUGUUGAAAUGGAGGGAGGAACCGGAGGAAAGUUCAAAAUGCCUCACAUGAAAAUGCCACAUGUUGACAUCUCUUUGCCUAAAGGAAAAGUAGACGCCCCAAAUGUGGAGCUCAAAGGGGAGGGUGGAAAAAUCAAGAUGCCUCACCUCAAUAUGCCCUCUGUUGAUAUUUCACUUCCAAAAGGAAAGAUGGAAGGUCCAGAUGUUGAAAUGAAAGGAGGAACUGGAGGAAAGUUCAAAAUGCCUCACAUGAAAAUGCCACAUGUUGACAUCUCUCUGCCUAAAGGAAAGAUUGAAGGUCCAGAUGUUGAAUUGGAGGGAAGUACCGGAGGAAAGUUCAAAAUGCCUCACAUGAAAAUGCCAGAUAUUGACAUCUCACUGCCUAAAGGAAAGAUUGAAGGUCCAGAUGUUGAAAUGGAGGGAGGAACCGGAGGAAAGUUCAAAAUGCCUCACAUGAAAAUGCCACAUGUUGACAUCUCUUUGCCUAAAGGAAAAGUAGAAGCCCCAAAGGUGGAGCUCAAAGGGGAGGGUGGAAAAGUCAAGAUGCCUCACCUCAAUAUGCCCUCUGUUGAUAUUUCACUUCCAAAAGGAAAGAUUGAAGGUCCAGAUGUUGAAAUGGAAGGAGGAACUGGAGGAAAGUUCAAAAUGCCUCACAUGAAAAUGCCAGAUCUUGAUAUAUCUCUGCCUAAAGGAAAGAUUGAAGGUCCAGAUGUUGAGAUUGAGGGAGGUACUGGAGGAAAGUUCAAAAUGCCUCACAUGAAAAUGCCACAUGUUGACAUCUCUUUGCCUAAAGGAAAAGUAGAAGCCCCAAAUGUGGAGCUCAAAGGGGAGGGUGGAAAAAUCAAGAUGCCUCACCUCAAUAUGCCCUCUGUUGAUAUUUCACUUCCAAAAGGAAAGAUGGAAGGUCCAGAUGUUGAAAUGAAAGGAGGAACUGGAGGAAAGUUCAAAAUGCCUCACAUGAAAAUGCCACAUGUUGACAUCUCUCUGCCUAAAGGAAAGAUUGAAGGUCCAGAUGUUGAAUUGGAGGGAAGUACUGGAGGAAAGUUCAAAAUGCCUCACAUGAAAAUGCCAGAUAUUGACAUCUCACUGCCUAAAGGAAAGAUUGAAGGUCCAGAUGUUGAAAUGGAGGGAGGAACCGGAGGAAAGUUCAAAAUGCCUCACAUGAAAAUGCCACAUGUUGACAUCUCUUUGCCUAAAGGAAAAGUAGAAGUCCCAAAGGUGGACCUCAAAGGGGAGGGUGGAAAAGUCAAGAUGCCUCACCUCAAUAUGCCCUCUGUUGAUAUUUCACUUCCAAAAGGAAAGAUUGAAGGUCCAGAUGUUGAAAUGGAAGGAGGAACUGGAGGAAAGUUCAAAAUGCCUCACAUGAAAAUGCCAGAUCUUGAUAUAUCUCUGCCUAAAGGAAAGAUUGAAGGUCCAGAUGUUGAGAUGGAGUGUGGUACUGGAGGAAAGUUCAAAAUGCCUCACAUGAAAAUGCCACAUGUUGACAUCUCUCUGCCUAAAGGAAAAGUAGAAGGCCCAGAGGUUGAGCUCAAAGGGGAAGGUGGAAAAUUCCAGAUGCCUCACUUCAACAUGCCCACUGUUGAUAUUUCACUUCCAAAGGGAAAGAUAGAAGGUCCAGAUGUUGAAUUGGAGGGAAGUGCCGGAGGAAAGUUCAAAUUGCCUCAAAUAAAAAUGCCAGAUCUCGAUAUCUCUCUUCCUAAAGGAAAGAUUGAAGGUCCAGAUGUUGAGAUUGAGGGAGGUACUGGAGGAAAGUUCAAAAUGCCUCACAUGAAAAUGCCACAUGUUGACAUCUCUCUGCCUAAAGGAAAAGUAAAAGGCCCAGAGGUGGAGCUCAAAGGGGAAGGUGGAAAAUUCAAGAUGCCACACCUCAACAUGCCCUCUGUUGAUAUUUCACUACCAAAAGGAAAGACUGAAGGUCCAGAUGUUGAAAUGGAAGGAGGAACUGGAGGAAAGUUCAAAAUGCCUCACAUGAAAAUGCCACAUGUUGACAUAUCUCUGCCUAAAGGAAAAGUACAAGGCCCAGAGGUGGAGCUCAAAGGGGAGGGUGGAAAAUUCAAGAUGCCUCAACUCAACAUGCCAUCUCUUGACAUUUCACGUCCAAAGGGAGAGAUAGAAGGUCCAGAUGUUGAAAUGGAAGGAGGAACUGGAGGAAAGUUCAAAAUGCCUCACAUGACAAUGCCUCAUGUUGACAUCUCUUUGCCUAAAGGAAAAGUACAAGGCCCAGAGGCAGAGCUCGAAGGGGAGGGUGGAAAAUUCAAGAUGCCUCAACUCAACAUGCCAUCUCUUGACAUUUCACGUCCAAAGGGAGAGAUAGAAGGUCCAGAUGUUGAAAUGGAAGGAGGAACUGGAGGAAAGUUCAAAAUGCCUCACAUGAAAAUGCCUCAUGUUGACAUCUCUUUGCCUAAAGGAAAGAUUGAAGGUCCAGAUGUUGAGAUUGAGGGAGGUACUGGAGGAAAGUUCAAAAUGCCUCACAUGAAAAUGCCAGAUCUUAAUAUCUCUCUGCCUAAAGGAAAGAUUGAAGGUCCAGAUGUUGAAAUGGAGGGAGGAACUGGAGGAAAGUUCAAAAUGCCUCACUUGAAAAUGCCAGAUCUUGAUAUAUCUCUGCCUAAAGGAAAGAUUGAAGGUCCAGAUGUUGAGAUGGAGGGUGGUACUGGAGGAAAGUUCAAAAUGCCUCACAUGAAAAUGCCACAUGUUGACAUCUCUCUGCCUAAAGGAAAUAUUGAAGGUCCAGAUGUUGAAAUGGAGGGAGGAACUGGAGGAAAGUUCAAAAUGCCUCACAUGAAAAUGCCAGAUCUUGAUAUAUCUCUGCCUAAAGGAAAGAUUGAAGGUCCAGAUGUUGAGAUGGAGGGAGGUACUGGAGGAAAGUUCAAAAUGCCUCACAUGAAAAUGCCACAUGUUGACAUCUCUCUGCCUAAAGGAAAAGUAGAAGGCCCAGAGGUGGAGCUCAAAGGGGAAGGUGGAAAAUUCCAGAUGCCUCACUUCAACAUGCCCACUGUUGAUAUUUCACUUCCAAAGGGAAAGAUAGAAGGUCCAGAUGUUGAAUUGGAGGGAAGUACCGGAGGAAAGUUCAAAUUGCCUCAAAUAAAAAUGCCAGAUCUCGAUAUCUCUCUUCCUAAAGGAAAGAUUGAAGGUCCAGAUGUUGAGAUGGAGGGAGGUACUGGAGGAAAGUUCAAAAUGCCUCACAUGAAAAUGCCACAUGUUGAUAUCUCUCUGCCAAAAGGAAAAGUAAAAGGCCCAGAGGUGGAGCUCAAAGGGGAGGGUGGAAAAUUCAAGAUGCCUCAACUCAACAUGCCAUCUCUUGACAUUUCACGUCCAAAGGGAGAGGUAGAAGGUCCAGAUGUUGAAAUGGAAGGAGGAACUGGAGGAAAGUUCAAAAUGCCUCACAUGAAAAUGCCUCAUGUUGACAUCUCUUUGCCUAAAGGAAAGAUUGCAGGUCCAGAAGUCGAAAUGGAGGGAGGUACUAGAGGAAAGUUCAAAAUGCCUCACAUGAAAAUGCCACAUGUUGACAUCUCUCUGCCUAAAGGAAAAGUACAAGGCCCAGAGGCAGAGCUCGAAGGGGAGGGUGGAAAAUUCAAGAUGCCUCAACUCAACAUGCCAUCUCUUGACAUUUCACGUCCAAAGGGAGAGAUUGAAGGUCCAGAUGUUGAAAUGGAAGGAGGAACUGGAGGAAAGUUCAAAAUGCCUCACAUGAAAAUGCCAGAUCUUAAUAUCUCUCUGCCUAAAGGAAAGACUGAAGGUCCAGAUGUUGAGAUGGAGGGAGGUACUGGAGGAAAGUUCAAAAUGCCUCACAUGAAAAUGCCAGAUCUUAAUAUCUCUCUGCCUAAAGGAAAGAUUGAAGGUCCAGAUGUUGAAAUGGAGGGAGGAACCGGAGGAAAGUUCAAAAUGCCUCAUAUGAAAAUGCCACAUGUUAACAUCACUUUGCCUAAAGGAAAAGUAGAAGGCCCAGAGGUGGAGCUCAAAGGGGAAGGUGGAAAAUUGAAGAUGCCACACCUCAACAUGCCCUCUGUUGAUAUUUCACUACCAAAAGGAAAGACUGAAGGUCCAGAUGUUGAAAUGGAAGGAGGAACUGGAGCAAAGUUCAAAAUGCCUCACAUGAAAAUGCCACAUGUUGACAUCUCUCUGCCUAAAGGAAAAGUACAAGGCCCAGAGGUGGAGCUCAAAGGGGAGGAUGGAAAAUUCAAGAUGCCUCAACUCAACAUGCCAUCUCUUGACAUUUCACGUCCAAAGGGAGAGACAGAAGGUCCAGAUGUUGAAAUGGAAGGAGGAACUGGAGGAAAGUUCAAAAUGCCUCACAUGAAAAUGCCACAUGUUGACAUCUCUCUGCCUAAAGGAAAGAUUGAAGGUGCAGAAGUUGAAAUGGCGGGAGGUACUGGAGGAAAGUUCAAAAUGCCUCACAUGAAAAUGCCAGAUAUUGACAUCUCACUGCCUAAAGGAAAGAUUGAAGGUCCAGAUGUUGAGAUGGAGGGAGGUACUGGAGGAAAGUUCAAAAUGCCUCAUAUGAAAAUGCCACAUGUUGACAUCUCUCUCCCUAAAGGAAAAGUAGAAGGCCCAGAGGUGGAGCUCAAAGGGGAGGGUGGAAAAAUCAAGAUGCCACAUCUCAACAUGCCCUCUGUUGAUAUUUCACUUCCAAAAGGAAAGAUUGACGCUCCAGAUGUUGAAAUGGAGGGAGGUCCUGGAGGAAAGUUCAAAAUGCCUCACAUGAAAAUGCCAGAUCUGGAUAUCUCUCCCCCUAAAGGAAGGAUUCAAGGUCCAGAUGUUGAAAUGGAGGGAGGUACCAGAGGCAAGUUCAAAAUACCUGAAAUGAAAAUGCCAGAUGUUGACAUCUCUCUGCCCAAAGGAAAGAUUGAAGGUCCAGAAGUUGAAAUGGUGGGAGGUACUCGAGGAAAGUUCAAAAUGCCUCACAUGAAAAUGCCACAUGUUGACAUCUCUUUGCCUAAAGGAAAGAUUGAAGGUCUAGAGGAGGGUGGUAAAUUUCAGAUGCCACACCUCAAUAUGCCCUCUGUUGACAUUUCUCUGCCCAAAGGAAAGAUUGAGGGUCCAGAAGUUGAAAUGGAGGGAGUUUCUGGAGGAAAGUGCAAAAUGCCCUACAUUAAAAUACCUGAUAUUGACAUCUCUCUGCCUAAAGGAAACAUAGAAUGCCCAGAUGUUGAAAUGAAGGGGGAUGGAGGAGGAAAAUUCAAAAUGCUUCACAUAAAAAUGCCAGAUGUUGACAUCUCACUGCCUAAAGGAAAAAUUGGCAAAACGGAAGGAGCAGACCUGGACAGAAGAGUAGAGGGAGGCAAAUCUAAAGUGCAGAUGCCAUCAGUCAACCCUUCGUUGCCAAAAGGAAAGGAAGACGGUCCCAAAAUUGACGUUAAGGGUGAGGGGGGAAAGUUCAAGAUGCCAAAAGUUGACAUAUCUCUCCUUAAAGGAAAACCUUCAAUUGAUUGUGCAGAUUUGGAGAUUAAGGGAGAUGGAGGGCAGUUUAAGAUGCCCAAUGUGGACUUAUCUAUACCUAAAGGGAAAGCAAAUAUUGACAAACCACACACGGAGCCUGAUGGGGAAAUUGAUUUGCAUGUUCAGGGGGAGCACAAAGGUCUGAAACUUAAAAUGCCAGCAAUAGAUAUCAAAGGUCCAAAAGGAGACUUUGAGCUUGAUAUAGGACUACAUAGAGGAGAGGAUAAGAAUGACAGGAAAAACGUUGAACUACGUGAUCUUGAUCUCAACACAGCAGGAACCAGCAGCAAAGCAAAGGGACCUAAAGUUAAAGGAACCAGAUUCAAGAUUGGAAUGCCAAAAAAGAAAAUUGGCAAAGAUGUAACAGCAGAAGCAAAAACAUGCAAUGACGAGUUAGUUGGUCAAGUUAAACCCGAAUGCAAAGUUCUCAACGAAUUUGAGUAUGAAGUUAAAAUUGAAACUCACAAAGGACACAAAGAGGACAAAGAUCGUUUUAAAAUCCCAGUGCCAGAGGUUACAUUACCAGGUGUCAUUUUGAAAACCAAACAAGGAUCAGCUAACCUAGAAACAAGGGCAGAGGUUGGCCUCUCAUCAUCUAGUGCAGAAAUCAAAGUCCCCAAGAUUCCAGACAUAGAGUUUGAUAUUGGUACAUCACAAGAUGAAGAUGACAAUAUAACAGAAAAAGGAAAGAAAAUCAAAAUACCUAAAUUUGGUGUCCCAUUACCCUCCAUUUCCUCUCCUGAGGGAAGAAUCUAUGGACCAGAAAUUCAGUAUGAGGGCCCUAAAAUGCCCAAAGUAAAGAAAGCUGUUUUUGUUUUGGUAAAUCCUCCACAAAUAGAUGAACCUUGCCCAUGCGCUGGGCUCCUUGAGGAGGAGAAAAGAACUGAGGCUGAUACAGAGGAUGUCAAAGUGAAGUUACCCAAAAUCAAAAUGAAGCCAAAUUUUGGGAAGGCCAAAAAUAAAUCACCUGCUGCAAGCACGGAGGGGGAGGGAGAGGAGAAGUCAAAGGGAGGGAAGAUAAAAAUGUCCAAAGUGUCAUUUUCUCCUGGGAAAUCUGGAUCAUUUGAUGUCAGCCUUAAGGGAGAGGGUUCAAGUUCAAGUCUCAAUGGUGAAAACGCUGCAAGUUCUCACAAGGACUCCAAGGAAAAUAAAGGGACAUUCAGUGGUAAAAUCAAACUCCCAAAGGUAGAGUUCACCAGUCCAUAUGGCAAGAUGUCUGCUGAUGAGGAGGACACAGAAUUGAGAGUGAAACUAGAAAACGAGUCUUCGAAGGAUGUGGUGUCAUCUCAUGCCAGAACCGACAUGCUGGACAGGGACAGCUCAGAGUCCCCUGGUGGUUCUACCAUGGGGUUUAGCUCAACAAAGGUCCAUGUUUGGAGUGAGGUGGACAGCAAAAGCACACAGUCAGAAGAAAGAGAGUCCUCCCCCUGGUUCAAGGUGCCUAAAUUCAGCCUGAAGCCACACUCUACAGGCUUCCUCCAGAUAACACCAGAGGGUUCUCCUCAGGCCCAGCGGAAGGGGGAGGUCGGAGGUGAGACCGACAUCUUGGGAUCCUUCUGCCUCCACACCUCUGGGCUUGACUUCGACACUCUGGAAAAGUCAGAAGAGCACCAAGUGUCCUCCACUGAGGUGGGAACUGUCACCGCGGUGACCAAGACCACCAGAAUCACCCAGCGCAUGGUUACCACAGAAACACGAACAGGUGAAUCUUCGACAACCACAACAAAAACUCAGCAGGUGUCAGACAACAACUACUGAGGAUGCUGUAAUGAUAUCUUAAAUGUCUUUUACAUUUUUUUGUUCUUCUUUUGACGUGGCAAACCUCUCUUAAGGAAAAGUCUAUUUUAUAUUUUAUAUAGGUUGAGUAUGAAUGUGGUGAAAAGUAAUGGCAGUUCAUCAUCCAACAAUAUCGUCAUUAUUAUAGCAAGUGAUAUAUGCUUCCUUUUUUUGUUUUAAAUGUGACUGUUUUUUGUAACUUUUAUUUGAGUUUUGUUAGUUUAGUCCUAAUUAUUUAUCAGAUUUUGUUUGGUUUUAAAGGUUUCACUCCGAAUGUAAACAUGUCAGAUUGCUUCAUUAUUUAUUGUUGUUUGUGUGUUCGAGAUGCGCUGGAAUGAGUCAUUUACUGACAUCAGAUUUUAUGAUUAUUUCAAUAUAAUUAAUUUUUGAACCACUACAGUACAGACCAGAGUGAUUUUUGUGUAAAUACAACUAUAUUUUAUUUGCUUUUAGAAAUUAUAUUUUUUGACCUGAUAACCUAUUUUGUUGUCUUGAAGGAAAAGUGUGAGUUUUUUGAGAUCAUGGCCUAUUCUCAUUUUUCUUCCAUAGUUUUAUAUUUUAAGCAUUUAGCUGGAGCUGUUACCCAGAGAUAGUCACAGUGAGUGAGCAGGACACUCUGGACUCUAUCUGCUGUGGGGAUCAAACCUGUGACCAUCCGGUUAAAGGUUGCUCUCGAACAUUUAAGCCAACCUGCUGCUAAACUAUUUUAUAUUCAUGUUUUUACUGUACACUGCCAGAAAAAAAAGACACCUCUGUAUA